UUCUGUGCGUGCUGGCGAGCGCAAUAUGAAUUAGUCAGCGGCGCUUCGCUACAUUUCCUAUAUUCGCUCGAUUCUUUGGCAUCUAUCCGACUGGACAAUCUGGACUAACUGCAUCCAAAGCGUAUACAACUGCAUCUGCCGCGAUGUCGUUGACGGGAACGCAGGACUACGAUCGCAAGUACCUGCUCAGCAUGCCGGGCCUGUGCAAGCUGGCCUGUUUGCUGUGCAGCUUUGUUGGAAUACUGUGCAUCAUCUGCGGACCGGUGCGCGUGAGCAAUUUCCGCGGCAGUUUCUACCUGGCCGUGGUCACCAUCGGAUUCGUGGCCACCGGCUGCCUGCUCCUGGCCAGGUACCUCCGGUUGUGGCAGCGCCAGUUCUGCCGGUGCGAUCCCACGCUCUGGUCCCUGGCGGUGCACUCCUCAUUGGCCCUGGCCUACUUCGCGGCCUCCGGACUCGUUCUCUCCCUGGACAUUGGAGCCUACACGGCGGCGGCGUUCUUCGGCCUGACAGCAUUCUGCAUCAACGGACUGGAGGCCUAUGGAAACUAUCGGCGCAGUCGCCAGCGGGAGGUGGCCACCCAAACGAUAUAGACUUCGCUUCAGGUGCACGAACCCAGCUUUUGGUGGCUCUUACUACGUUAGGCUUACUCUGUGUGUGUGUAUCUGUGCGAGAGCGAGUAUCUGUGUGCGACCGAGUAUCUGUGAGUGCGUGUGUGUGUGAGUUUGAGAGAGCGAGUAUCGCUUGCGUUUGCUUGAAGCAUUUAAGUCUGAAGUUUGAAAUUGUGGCAAGCUUUUGUCGCGCGAACAGUUACCGUAUGUGUUAUCUAAUAGUCGCUAGAUAUAGGUCAAGAAGUGAAGAAGAUAAAGCCAGUCGAUCGCAGCAAUAACGUAGAUAUAAUAGCGAACAGAUAGCGAGAGAAAACCACUAACAAGAGAGCAAAUUCCAAAGAGAUAAGUUGUAUUGUGCCACUGGCUCUGCUUCUUCCCUUCUUCUGAUAACUGGUUAACAAUGCGUGAAUAUAUAUAUGUAUAUAUACAUAUAGAUUUUUUUUACCUUUAUUAAGUACAUAGUAUUCGUGUGUCUCAAGUGAAUAUAACCUGAAGUAGUUAGUUUAAUAUCGAUCCGCAGCACAAUGCUUUUUAUGACCACUGAAUUGUUGUAUUUAUAAACAAAAAAAAACCGUUUGCAAUGGAAGAAUAAAAAAUACAUGAGUGUAA